GUUCAUUUUCAUUCUUUUGAAAUUCAACAUCCUUUUAAAACCACAAAAAAACAUCAACAUGUUCAAGUUCAUUACUGUUUUCGCUUUAGUAGCUGCCGUUUCUGCUGCUCCUGGCUUUUUGACUGAAACUCAUCAUACCCUUGUACAACCUGCUGUUGUAACUAAAACUGCUGUCAUCGAUAACAGUGCUUCAUCAGCUAUUACUCAUCAAAGUUUCACCAAUUUGGAAAAGAAAGUACCAGUUGUCCACACCUAUGCUGCCCCAGUUGUUAAGACUGUAGCUGCUGCUCCCGUAGUCCAUACCUAUGAAACUGCUCCUGUUGUCAAGACUGUAGCUGCUGCACCUGUUGUACACACCUAUGCCGCUGCUCCUGUUGUCAAGACUGUCCACACCUAUGCCGCUGCUCCUGUUGUUAAGACCGUAGCUGCCGCCCCUGUAGUCCAUACUUAUGCUGCUGCUCCUGUAGUUCACUCUGUACCCUUGGUACAUUCUGCCCCAGUUGCUUAUCAUUCUUAUCAUUAAAUUUUUAACACAUCCAUAAUCCAUGUCAAUUACGUUUAAAUUAAAUAAAA